UGCACUAAACGUGCCCAGUCUGCCGGAAAUCAAGAAGAAGAAGAAGAAGUCAAACACUCAACUUCGACAGUUAUCAAAGAGUGCUGGUUAUUCUCGCUAAACCGCCGCUCUCUUUUUAGUCUGUUCACGAAUACACCGAUACUGGCGGAAGCUCUUUGUUUCAGCGGGAUAUCGUUGACGAGCAACUUUCAACUAACAUGUUCGGCAGGAAGAGGAGAGAGCCGCUCCCCAAAGGCAGGGGCGCCGCCGCAGCCAAGCAGAUGGGCCUGUUUGUUGGCAUGGACCCCGAAGACAUGAUGACGAUGGGGGCCGAAGAGGGUUUGGACGACCCGGACUUGGAAGCCGAACUGGCUGCCAUCACUGGAGGCAAAGCCCCUGUUGCAAGUGGAAGAAACAAACAGAAGGGAAGAAGUCCACUGCCCAUGGAGGACAUCGCCAAAAUGGCUGACUUGUGCAUGCGGGACGUGGACGAAGAUGAAGACGACGACAAUGUGGAGGACGACGAAGACCUUCUGGCUGAGCUACAGGAAGUUGUAGGGGAGGGCGGCGUGGCGGACGAGGCUGUUUCUUCUUCGUCUGCGGAAGCUGCCGUCGAACCUUCGCCGCAGGAAAUAAGCGUCCCUGAGGUGGUGGCUGCGCCUGGCAGCAUAGAGCACACGUUGGAGGAGAGACUCACUAUGUACAAGAUGGCGCUACACAACGCCAAGACGGCGGGCGAGGGCGCCAAAGCCCGGCGGCUUGAGCGCGGGCUGAAGACACUAGAGACAAUGCUGGCCACAGUGAAGAAAGGGCGCCAAGUGAGCGAGGAGGAGAUUCCUCCGCCGGUCGCCACCGGAGCCCCGAUUGCCGACCUGAGUGCCGCACCAACCAUCCCGUCGCCUGCUGAGACCAUCACGCCCAACGGCGAGGAGAAAGAACAGCACUCGCCCGUCUCCACACCAACACUCGCUGUUGAACCGUCACAGGAACGAACGGAUCCUUCACCAGAGCAGGCCCACCCUUCAAAGGAGCAGGCGGACCCCUCACCAACCACAAAUUCAGAUGCGAACGAGCGCGUGGCUGCGUUGUUGCUGCAAAGGCAAAGAGAAUACAAAAUGGCUGCCCUUACAGCCAAGAAAGCGGGAGAGGCGGAGCAAGCCAUGGUCUACUUCAGGACCAGCAAGAAGUUCGAUUCCGUCAUCGAGGCCUUGAAACAAGGACAAGCUGUCGACCUGAGCGGCCUUCCUCCAUCACCAGAAUGUGCAGGUGGAAGCGCAACAUCGGUCAAGCAAAAUGCCCAUGUUUCCCAACCGGCCGCAGAAUCUCCAGCCCCGCCGGCUCCUAGGGACGCGCUGGAGGCCCUGGAGCAGAGGCGUACCAAGUAUGCCGAGGCAUCAGCUCAGGCCAAAGCCGGCGGAGACGAGCGCAAGGCCCGCAUGCACGACCGCAUCGCCAAGCAAUACCAGAGCGCCAUCCGAUCUCACAAAGCGGGAAAAACAGUCAACUUUGACGAGCUCCCCGUUCCGCCAGGCUUUCCUCCCAUCCCGGGCCAGAAGGUGACGACGGUCGAGCAAGGAUUGGUUGCUGCGCUGGAGGCCGCCUCAAAGCUCUCCGCCACUGAUGAUGAUGCUGCGAGUGCAGAUGAAGAAGAAGAAGAAGAAGAAGAGGAGAAGGAAGUGGAGACAAAGAAGAGUACACUGAGUGUCCCGUCUCCGUCUCGAGGUCGGAGAAGAUCUCCAUCUGCUUCACCGGAGAGAACAUCUCCCCAAGAUCUCUCACCUGCAGCGGCGCAGCAGCUGGCGUUCCUGGAGGGUCGACGCAAGCAGUACAUGAAGGCGGCGCUGCAUGCCAAGCAGAAGAACGACAUGGUCCAGGCCAAGAGCUUCCUUCGCACCGCCAAGGGUCUGGAAGCCAUGACUGAGGCAGCGCGCAGUGGCAAAGCCGUGGACAUCAGCACGGUGCCGUCGCCCCCCGGUGACGAGGACGACGAUUUUGUCCUGGUACACCACAGCGACGUCGGACUCUCUGAAAAGGCUGAGCAACUCUACACGCAGCUGGCCAAGAUCCUCAAAGAGCAGCGCGAGAAAUGUUUGACAUACUCCAAGCAGUUCACCCAUCUGGGGAACGUCACGGAGACCACCAAGUUCGAGAAGAUGGCAGAGUCGUGUAAAAAGAGUAUUGAGGUCCUAAAGGCAUCUCAAGCCAAGGGGCUGGCUCCCCCCAAACAUCACUUUGAGGACAGAACCUUCCACACGGUCAGGAUGUUCCCAGAUCUCAGCAGCACAGAGAUGGUGGUGGUUAUCGUGAAAGGGAUGAAUCUCCCUGCUCCCAGUGGCAUCCAAACAAACGACCUUGACGCUUAUGUAAAGUUUGACUUCCCCUACCCCAGCACGGAGCAGCCGCAGAGACACAAAACAAACGUCAUCAAGAACACAAACUGUCCAGAGUACAACCAGAGCUUCAGCCUGUCAAUCAACCGCAGCCACCGCGGCUUCAGGAGAGUGGUGGCGUCCAAAGGGCUCAAGCUGGAGCUGUUGCACAAGGGUGGCUUCCUGCGGAGCGACAAGCCUAUCGGGAUGGCGCACGUGAAGUUGGAGCAGCUGGAGUCCCACAGUGAAAUCAGGGAGAUCGUCGAGGUGAUGGAUGGCCGCAAGCCCACCGGCGGUCGCGUGGAAGUCCGCGUCCGCCUCCGCGAGCCACUAGGCGGGCAGGACAUGCAGGCGAGCACAGAGCGCUGGCUGGUGGUGGAGCGGUCGCAGCUUCUUAUCUAGACAUUCAAGACCUAAAGGACACCACCAAGUCUGCCAUGAUGCUACGCUACUUAGCUUCAUCACGCUAUGUGGAUGUGCAGGUAGAAGGCGACCAAGCACACUCAGGAGGUGUCUUCCCCCCCUGUCCUCUCAGACCUCUUAAAAAAAAAAAAAAAAAAAAAAAAGUUUGGACAUUGGCUACUACUAGCUAGCUACUAGCUACUUUGCCAGGUCAGUCAUAAGGCGUUUGACAGCAACAUCUGCUGGUCGAGCGUGUGACCUCAUCUCACAUUAAAGACUAUAAGCUCAAGUGGCGUCUAUGCAGUAAUAUACCAAAGUAAUCCACGUUGCUGUAAAAAAAUAAAUACAAAUAAUUCCAAGCUAUUUAUAGACAAGUCUCAAAAUAAUAUAUUGGCACUCAUCUUAUUUUUCCGCAUACAAACAAUCAUAGCGAAACUAAACCCUGCAGAAAGCUGACAGUGGAACCUCGUAAGUCUAAAUGUUCAAAUCGUCGUCAUGCGUGAAGUCGGCAAAUCUUGUGAGGUUUGAGUUCAGUGUGCAUCAGUUUUGGUUUUUUGUUGUUGCUUUUGGUGAUGUCACCACAGAAGGGAAUCAGUGGAAAAAGAAAAAGUGCGGAAAUAACCAUCCAACAGGAAACAUUUUCACUUUUCAGAUUAAAAGAAAUGUAAACCCUUCAAAUAAACUGAUUUUAUUACAGUGGAACUUUCCUAAAGUGGUACAAUUUCAAAUGAUUAAAUUUAACAUAAUUUGCAUAUAGCUGAGAUUGUAGUGGCAGGGAACCUGGUGAGCCCACACAGGAUGCACUUGUUGUAAGCUUUAUUUAAAAUAUUAUAUUUUGACUAAAUUAGUUAAAAAAAUAAAUAAAUAAUGUGAAGAUGUG